AAUUAAAUUUACAAAAUGAAGUAAAUGUGUGUUUUGCAUAUACUUCGGUUCUGAUCAGCAAAAACAAUACUGCAUUUUAUUUAUCUGAAUUUUUGAAGCAAUUAAAAUACCUGACAAUCAUAUUAUCUGAAUUAUUAGCUCAUUUUCAAGUAAUUUUCUAAUAUGUUGCUCAAGGACUAGUUGAGUACUCCUCAGUUAUAAGCAUUGAAAGUUAUAUAUCAACUUACAAGUUAUCAUACAUAUGUCCUAAUGUUGAGUAUAGUAAUCUCAAAUUAAGAGUUUAGCGUGGGGAAACCACUUUCUUAACACCUUUUUUUCAGCAACAAAGAAAUGAAUAAUAUAAUUUUUAUAGUAAAGUUAGCCGAUUAAUUGCUAUUUUGAUCUAAAUUCAGCAAUGCCAGUUGGCAAAAAAGAAUGAUAAAUAUUAUUCUUCAAUUAAAACCUUCCUCAGAUGGUUGCAUUAUGAAAUAUUUAAUUGUGCAUAUGACUCAUGAGCCUCCGAAACAUUAUAUAUAUAAAGACCAAUGCCUUCUCCUAUUCUGAAGCAAAGACAGUAUAUACACCAUUAACCACACUACUCUCAAACAAGAAUCGCAACUUAAACAAAAACAAAACAAAACCAAACAAAGUAACAAACAAUGGCUUGUUGGUCUCCUGAGAAUGCCACAAAAGCUUUUCUCAAAGCUCUAAAAAUGGGUAAAAAUGGGAAAGAGCCAGAUGUAGCAGAGUUCAUAUCAGCUUUGGCGGCAGGCAACAAUGCACAACUCAUGGUGAUGGCAUGUGCUGGUGCUGCAGGAGCAAAUGCUCUGGCAUUGGUUGCGGCAAGACAUCAAACAGGUGGGCGAGUAGUGUGCAUUCUACCAAGCCAAAAUUACAUCAAGGAAUCCAAGGAUUCUCUAGGACCUUACUCCAAAUGCAUUGAAUUUUUCAUAGGAAAUCCGAAGACCCUUUUGCCAGAUAACUUCAAAGGAGCUGAUUUUGUUCUUAUUGACUGUGAUAUUAAAGACCACAAAGGGAUCUUCCUAGCUGCUCAAAAGGGUAUCUCAGAACAUGUUGGAGCACUCAUUGUGGGGUUUAAUGCCCUUAGAAAGGGAUCAUGGGGGAAUGAUUUAAGAGCACAUACUCAUUUUUUGCCCAUUGGAGAGGGGUUGCUUGUUUCAAGAAUCACUAGUCCAAAAAAAAGUCAUUGGGUAGUAAAAGUAGACAAGUGUACUGGAGAAGAACAUGUUUUUAGGGUCAGUAAUAAUUCUUCUCCAAGAAGGCAGUGGAUUGAAGCUUGAUUAGUUAUGGUUUUUUUCUCUUUGGUUAAGCUUCCCAAACCCAAUAAGUUAGAGGAGGCGCUUAUUAUUGCUAUGUAAUCAUGUUUAGUUUAACUCAAGUGUAGAUAAAGGGUGCCACAAAUAAACAAAUACUCAUCAGGGUCCUUGAAUUUUUGGGGAGACCACAUAGAUGAUUAUAUAUAAAAGUCAUAUAAAUAUAUGAUCAGCUUAUAAUUACUAUUAUUUUUCACUGGAA